AUGGCGGACGAUAUGGCGAGCCACUACCAGAUGAUGGAGGAGCUGGGGAGUGGGAGUUUUGGGGUGGUGUACAAGGCCAUUGACCUGUCCACUGGGGAGAUUGUCGCGAUCAAGCAUAUUGAUCUCGAGUCCAGCGAAGACGACAUCCAAGAAAUUCAACAGGAGAUUUCCGUCCUGGCCACCUGUGCCAGCUCCUUUGUGACACAAUACAAGGCCAGUUUUCUCAAGGGCCACAAGCUGUGGAUUGUCAUGGAGUACCUCGGAGGGGGAUCGUGUCUGGACUUGCUCAAACCAGGGGUCUUCAACGAAGCACAUGUGGCCAUCGUCUGCCAGCAGCUCCUCCAGGGGCUCGACUAUCUCCACACCGAAGGCAAGAUUCAUCGCGACGUCAAAGCCGCCAAUGUCCUACUCUCAAACAUGGGGAAAGUGAAGUUGGCGGACUUUGGAGUCGCCGCGCAGCUGGUCAACAUCAAGUCACAGCGCAAUACCUUUGUGGGGACACCGUUCUGGAUGGCGCCGGAAGUAAUCCAGCAGGCUGGAUAUGACUUCAAGGCGGAUAUUUGGUCUUUGGGGAUUACCGCGAUCGAGAUGAUCAACGGCGAGCCACCACAUGCCAGCACCCACCCGAUGAAGGUCCUCUUUCUCAUUCCGAAGCAGCCGGCUCCCAGGUUGGAGGGCAAUGAAUACAGCAAUACAUUCAAGGACUUCAUUGCGCAAUGUCUGACCAAGGAUCCGGACCGCCGGCCUAGUGCGAAAGAGCUAUUGAGACACAAAUUCAUUCGCAAUGCAGGAAAAACCGAGGCUCUGCAAGAGCUUAUCCAUCGCAAACAGGACUGGGAUGCCGGUCGAGGGGUAAACAAGGAUGUGAAGUAUUAUGCAGAGUCCUUGAACACCAUGACCAAGCCCGAAGCUGCCGAUGACGACGAUUGGGUCUUCGAUACCGUCAAAGCUCCGAGCAUGUGGGUUCCCAAGGGCACCGACUGGACGACCUUGGAUGAAGAGGACGAUGCCGAUCCGGCCGAGCUGCUGAAGGAUAUGCACAUCUCUGCACCUCUUGCCAAACCACCACCGCCACCUAAGCACCAGCCCAAUUCCACCGUCCGACGAGCACCAGAGGCCGAGAGGAGCCCUUCCGUGCGGCGGGCCAACACCAAGCGGCGAUCCAGCGGCGUCAAGCAACCCUUGGGAUUGGACUUGAGUUUCGGCAACAGUCCAUCGACUGUUCGGCAAUUCCGUCGUGUCUCGGACAAGGUCCCCAACGAUACUUCCUUCUCGUCCAAGGCCUCGCAGGGCUAUGAUGAGAAUGUCAGUCCGAAGGUUCUCGCGGCUGAAUCAAGUAGCAAAGAAGCCCAGCUUGGUCGCCGCGCAUAUAGCAAAGCUAUCGGCCAUUCUUGCCAAGAGAUCCUUUCCACGACCGGCGAUGGUGAGAAGCGGGAGGCCAUCUCCCGGCUGGCAGAGGCGUUCAGUGAACUGGAGAUGGUCGAUCCGGAGGGUCUUUAUCACAUCAUCCGGACCAUGAAUGAGAGAUUGCAAGCUGACACCCGGCUUUCGGCUCUCAUCCCUGCCGAAGCACAAUCCGACUCCCCCCAGCGGCCGCGUCUGGUCCUGGCCCAGAACAACCCGCAUUUGAAGAGCCACCGGCGCCGACAAUCGUCCCAGAUCACCGAGCCCUUGCCCCAACCGCCAUCACUGUCCAAACUUCCCGGACAGCACGUACCGGGCAUGGAGCACACGAAACAGCUGUCCGAUGUGCUCUACCAGCGCUGGUCCGAGGGCCUCCGCAAUCGGUGGCCUGGCAUGUAA